GGGGGUAUUCCAAGAAGCAAUGGGGCCAGGCGACAAUCGGCUAGCUUCCCCCUAGCCAAAGGCAGAUUUGAGCCGCAGGGGACCCAACGCCUGGGCCCUGGCCUCCCCGCUGACUGCCCUCCCGUCUGGAUAGCGAGCGGGUAGAAGUCAGGGAUCACCUCGCUGGGCUGAGGCCAGCCGUGGCGCAAGCGGCUUUCCUCUAAGUGGCGGGGUUCAGAGCUAGCCAGGCGCUCACAAUGCGGGUUCGCGCCCUCGGGGCUGGAGCGGGCGUGUUGCCAUGACAGCGGCCCCCGAGGCGCGCGCCUGGACCAGCCGCCCCCAGGUGCGCGCGCAGACUCCCCCCGCCCCGACUCCCCCGUUGCUGUGCGCACCCCCCUCCGGCAGUGGGAAGGGGCCGGGCCUGCUGCUUGACGUCGGUGCAGGGCUCGGAAGAUGGCUGCGGAGCCGAGCAACGGGCAGUGGCUGCGGCGGCGGCAGCGGGCGGGGAGCGCUGCGGGAGGGGGCUCCGCCUUGCGCGUGGGGCGCUGAGUCGAGAGGCGCGGAGGCGGCGAGGGCGCGCUGGGGUCUUGGGGCUGUUCGGCGCCGCCUCCCUGCCACCCGCCUCACCAUGGGCAGCGCGGAAGAUGCAGUCAAAGAGAAACUGCUGUGGAACGUGAAAAAGGAGGUGAAGCAAAUCAUGGAGGAGGCUGUCACCAGGAAGUUUGUGCACGAGGAUAGCAGCCAUAUCUUUGCUCUGUGUGGUGCUGUCCCUGCUUGCCCUCAUGGUUGGAUGGAGCCAUUCAUGCCAACCCCAGCAGGUAGCUUUGGUCUUCACAGCCCCCCAAGGGUGAUGCUUCAUACAGGAGCCAUGCAUAUACCAGGUGCUGUAGAGGCUUGCCUCCUGCAUCAACUGAGACGUCGUGCUGCUGGCUUCCUGCGCAGUGACAAGAUGGCAGCCCUGUUCACCAAGGUGGGGAAAACGUGCCCUGUGGCUGGGGAGAUUUGCCACAAGGUACAGGAGCUGCAGCAACAAGUAGAGGGCAGGAGACCCUCAGGAGGCAGCCAGGAGGCCCUGAGGAAACAGGGUUCAGCUGGCGGGAAGGCCCUGGCCCUCAGUCCACAGGCCUUGAAGCACAUAUGGGUACGCACAGCACUUAUGGAGAAAGUUCUGGACAGGGUUGUGCAGUACCUGGCGGAGAACUGCAGCAAGUACUAUGAGAAGGAAGCAUUACUGGCAGACCCUGUGUUUGGCCCUAUCCUGGCCUCUCUUCUAGUGGGACCCUGUGCCUUGGAAUACACAAAGCUCAAGACGGCUGAUCACUAUUGGACUGACCCCUCUGCUGAUGAGCUAGUCCAGAGGCACCGUAUCCGGGGUCCCCCUAGUCGCCAGGAUUCUCCUGCAAAGCGCCCUGCCCUGGGGAUCCGGAAGCGACAUUCUAGUGGCAGUGCAUCAGAGGACAGGCUAGCUGCCUGUGCCCGCGAGUAUGUGGAGUCCCUGCACCAGAACUCAAGAACACGGCUGCUCUAUGGCAAGAACAACGUGCUGGUGCAGCCGAAGGAGGACAUGGAGGCUGUCCCUGGCUACCUCUCCUUACACCAGUCUGCAGAGAGCCUGACUUUGAAGUGGACCCCCAACCAGCUCAUGAAUGGAACUCUGGGGGACACUGAGCUGGAAAAGAGUGUUUACUGGGACUAUGCCCUGGUGGUGCCCUUCAGUCAGAUCGUCUGCAUCCACUGCCAUCAACAAAAGAGCGGUGGCACACUUGUGCUGGUGAGCCAGGACGGCAUCCAGAGGCCACCACUGCACUUCCCCCAGGGAGGACACCUGCUGUCCUUUCUGUCCUGUCUGGAGAAUGGACUGCUGCCUCGAGGACAGCUUGAACCCCCGCUGUGGACCCAGCAGGGGAAGGGCAAGGUGUUCCCCAAGCUGCGGAAACGCAGCAGCAUGCGAUCUGUGGAUGUGGAGGAGCUGGGCAUGGGGCGGGCCACAGACUACGUGUUCCGGAUCAUCUACCCCGGGCAUAGGCACGAGCACAUCACUAUUAACUACCACCACCUAGCGGCCAGCCGCGCGGCCUCGGUGGACGAUGAUGAGGAAGAGGAGGAUAAACUACACGCGAUGCUCUCAAUGAUCUGCUCGCGGAACCUCACAGCUCCCAAUCCGAUGAAAGAUGCUGGUGACAUGAUUGAGAUGCAGGGCUUUGGGCCGAGCCUGGCAACGUGGCACCUGGAGCCCCUGUGCAGCCAGGGUUCCUCUUGCCUCUCCUGCUCCUCCAGCAGCUCUCCAUAUGCAACUCCCAGUCACUGCAGCUGUGUCCCAGACCGGUUGCCCCUCAGGCUGCUGUGUGAGAGUAUGAAGAGGCAGAUUGUGUCCCGGGCCUUCUAUGGCUGGCUGGCCUACUGCCGCCACCUAUCCACGGUACGAACCCACCUGUCAGCACUGGUGCAUCACAACAUUAUCCCACCUGACCGGCCUCCAGGGGCCUCAGGAGGCCUCACCAAGGAUGUGUGGAGCAAGUAUCAGAAGGACAAAAAGAACUAUAAGGAGCUGGAGCUACUGCGGCAGGUCUACUAUGGAGGUGUGGAACAUGAGAUCCGCAAGGACGUCUGGCCCUUCCUCCUUGGCCACUAUAAGUUUGGCAUGAGCAAGAAGGAGAUGGAACAGGGCCAAAGAUCCAGUGCCUGCCAACCCCUAAGGAGAAGGCCCUGGUACACUCUCCCCUCCAUGGUCAUGGUGUGGUCUAAGCACAGGUGGACACAGCGGUGGCAGCAAGGCAGCAGCAUCGACAGCCACGUGCAGCGCCUCAUCCACCGAGACUCCACCAUCAGCAAUGAUGUGUUUAUCUCUGUGGAUGAUCUGGAGCCCCCAGGGCCUCAGGGCCCCGAAGAUUCCAGACCAAAGCCUGAGCAGGAGCCAGGAGCUGGGACUCCGGGCACAGCCAUGGUGGAGCAGCAGCAGUCAGUGGAGUUUGAUUCUCCAGACUCAGGACUGCCGUCUUCCCGCAAUUACUCUGUGGCAUCAGGCAUCCAGUCCAGCCUAGAUGAGGGUCAGAGUGUGGGCUUUGAAGAGGAUGGUGGUGGAGAAGAAGGCUCUGAUGGGCCAGCCCCUGUGGCCCACAGUUUCUCUGAGCCUCAGGAUCCCAGCCAAGAAAAGGCUUCGCGGGCCAGUGAGCUGGAGGCAGCAGGAGAGCUUGCAGCUGUGUGUACUGCAGCCUACGCUAUAGAAUUACUGGACACCGUGGCCUUAAAUCUGCACCGCAUAGACAAGGACGUGCAGAGAUGUGACCGGAAUUACUGGUAUUUCACACCCCCCAACCUCGAGCGGCUCAGAGACAUCAUGUGCAGCUAUGUGUGGGAGCACCUGGACGUGGGCUAUGUGCAGGGCAUGUGUGAUCUGCUGGCACCUCUCCUGGUUAUCCUUGACAAUGAUCAGCUGGCCUACAGCUGCUUCAGUCACCUCAUGAAGAGGAUGAGCCAGAACUUCCCCAAUGGGGGCGCCAUGGACACUCACUUUGCCAAUAUGCGCUCCCUCAUCCAGAUCCUGGACUCUGAGCUGUUUGAGCUGAUGCAUCAGAACGGAGACUAUACCCACUUCUACUUCUGUUACCGCUGGUUCCUGCUGGAUUUUAAGAGAGAGCUGCUGUAUGAAGAUGUGUUUGCUGUAUGGGAGGUGAUCUGGGCAGCCAGGCACAUCUCAUCAGAGCACUUUGUGUUGUUCAUUGCCCUGGCCCUGGUGGAGGCCUACCGAGAGAUCAUCCGUGACAACAACAUGGACUUCACUGACAUCAUCAAGUUCUUCAAUGAGCGGGCUGAGCAUCACGAUGCCCAGGAGAUCCUGCGGAUUGCCCGGGACCUCGUCCACAAGGUGCAGAUGCUGAUAGAGAACAAGUGAGGGCUGUAGCCAGGGGCUGCAUGGAGAGCCUGGGCACCAGGCCCCUGGGCUCCAGCAGGGAGAGGUGCAGGGGCAUUACAGCUGAUUGCUCCAACCUCCAGCCGUCCCUGCCUGCACAGCUGUGUUCCUAACAAAGUGAUUGUGAGCCUGGGAUCCGACUCCAGGCUGUGCUGACCCUGCAGGGCAAGUCAGCACCAGGCUGCCCUCAGAUCAGGGAUGGGAUGGGAGGGGUUGGCCUCAGGGAGCAGCUGCCUUGGGGGACACCUACUCUGUUCUCCUCUUAAACAACUCUAAAUAGCCCCACUGCCACCUGUAGCCACAGCCUGGACUGUUCCCCUAUGCCUCUCUCAAGUCAACCUGGGGCCCUCUGGAGCUACCAGGGACUAUAGUGGCCUGGGCCCCAUCUGUCAAGAGUUGAGGGGUACAAGGGGCUGUGUGUAUAUCUCCUGAUAGCCCCUUUGCAGUCCCAGUUGGGGCAGCUGGAACAGCUGCUCUUUAGGGCAUGUGUCCUGGGAACAGGAGACCUGAGCUGCCUUCCAGGCCCUCCCCCAAGAUUCUGGGGCAGUCAGAUGUGGGUCCUCGUGGGAGCUACCCACACCACUUAGCAGCACUGCCACCGCCUCUAGUCACCUGAGGUGAACUCAAGUGCUCCCCCAUACUGUACAGGUCACCUGCGUGUGUCCGUACAGUGUCACUCUUACCUCCCAGUCCUUUCUUUAUGUAUUAGAUAUAUCCUUAAAACUGUGUAAGUAACACUCUUGCUAGUUGGAUGAUCUGGAACACAGCUGGAACAUUAGCUCUCCAGAGGAACCCCAGGGUGAUUUCAUAGGGAAGCAAUCCUGUCACAGCCUCCUCUCAGGGACAGGCCUGAGCUUAGGAGCAGCUUGUUGCCUGUCCCAGGCAUCCAAUGAGUCCCUGAGGCUCAGGGAUGUGGGGGUUGCCUGGGGUCUCCCCAGUCCCUGGUGAAAAGAAAGGCCUGCUCUGCUUUCCACAGGCUUCUCAGGAUGCUGAGAGGCCUAGGGACCCAGAAACCCCUAAGAGGAGCUACACUACCAGGGGUGCCAGGAAGGGUGUGGUGCCUGACCUGAGGCUUAGGCAUGCUGCUUGCUCUGUUAACCCCACAGCCCCUUCCACUUAGUACAUGCUAGGCCUGGCCCUGGGACCUGGAGGACAUACCUGGGCUUGGGGCCUAACCAACAGUCGCCAAGGUAUGCAGACUUCCCACAUUUUGGGAACCAUGAGAAAAGAUCCAGCAGCUGUUCUACAUCUAGCCCAGUCUUCCCAGCCCACCCGUCCCUGGACACUGCAUGGCCUGUUUGGGGGCCAGUCCACCCCAUUGCCCACCCCUGUCCAUGAGUUUUUGGCCUCCACCAGCACGGUGGUCAUUGUGUGCCUGCCUUAGUGACUCAGUGGUUUUGUGAGGAGCAGAGUAUAUAUGUUUUUGGCUCAGAAACUAUACUCUUCAGUGUAAACGACCAAUAAACACAGCAUUUG